AUGAUCGAUGAAAAUUUACCCACGUUCUUCCUCAAGAACAACUCAAAACAACCUCAGAUCAGCACAAUAUAUCAUAGUCAACAUGGCAAUGACCCCGAACCUGCUUAUUCCUUGCACGCGCUUGACCCCACCGCCCCAACAUCACAGAACCGCUACGGAGUCGCGCUGUACGACCCUUACGUGACAGGCGUUGUCUAUGGCGAGGUGGCUGUAGCUCCAGAUUGGACCCAACCGAGUCUGUCGGCAGACGCAAUACGAGCAAAUGGCGGCGUAGUGCCCCCCCCAGAACCCAUCCUCCCUACCGAUUUUACCAUCCAGCUUUACAACCCCGACCAAGAGAUCACAGUUAAAUAUCAUACAAAAUCGUGGAACAAACCAGCCCGGUGGGAAUUUGAGAUGCCUCAAACCACAUUCCGAGUUCCUUCCGCUUCAGCGCUAGACCAGACUCAGAUCGAUCCGUCUAUUGCUGACAUUACUCCGAAAUUGAGGUUCAGCUGGCGCAAGGAUGGAAAGCUGUCAAAGGAUUUGACAUGCCUGUUACACGGCAAAACUUCAAGAAUUCCCGACACUCGAUCAAAGAGCCGUGAGCCAGAUAUUACGGUCGCUCUAUUUCAAGGACUGAAGGAGCUUACUCUAUACGAGCCCAAUCUCUACCGCGUCGAGAUGGAAGAUACCAAGGGUUUGGAGGUCGUGCUCCUCUUAGCUGCCGUUGCAAUUCGAGAUAUUUUCUUUGGGCCUGCCAAGGAGGCUUUUCAUAUCACCCCCGGUGGGCUGAACGAAGGUCACAAGCAAGCAGCAGUGCCAACUUCAAUUGCGGCGACGGCCACACCAGCUAGUGAUCCCAGGCCCGACCGGAAGAACCCACAGGCCCGACCCCCUAAGCCAGCAAUGAAUGGAAAGCCAUCGCCACCUCGACUCAGCAUUCCGAACUCCUCAUCUCCGGCCCCACAAGAGAGAAGGCGACAGGACGAACUCGCAAAACAGGAAGAGGAGCGACGAACCCAGGAGGUUCUCGCCGCAGAAAAAAAAAGCACGGCGUAG